GAAGUUUCUUGGGUCAGCAACCAAUCGCAGUCGCCCAGUUACUUGGCUUGCUUGAGUAUGGCGGUUGUACUUUACGCAGGAUCUCCAUGACGGAAGAAAAAGCGAUGGAGAGCGGCAAUCUCUCGCCCCUUGGUGGUUCCGAGGAGCACGAUCCGCUCUGCGCCAUAUGCAACACUGGUUACAAGCAACCUAGAUUACUGGCCUGCCUGCACACCUACUGCGAGGCCUGUCUCGAGUCGACGUUAGAAAAGCAGGCUGCGGCAAACAAAAGCAGUGCUGGGAAACACGAACUCGAGUGCCCCGAAUGCGGCCACAAGACAAAAAUAGCGGGGCGAGGUGUUGUGGACAGCUGCCCACUGGAGCAUGUGAUGGUGAAUGAGCUGGACCGUGUAGCACUGGAAAAUCUAAGCAUGGUGUGCACCUCCUGCAAGGCUAAGGAAACAGCGGUGGCCCGCUGCAACGACUGUGCCUCCUUUUUGUGCAACAACUGUGUGACCGCGCAUCGCUACAUGCGCUGCUUCGAGAGCCACGCUGUGGUGACCUUUGAAGAGCUGGGAGGCGCACCAGACCCCGAACAGAUGGCUCAGGUUCACCGGCCGCUCACCUGCGCCACCCACACCAGCGAACUGCUCAAACACUACUGCGUCACAUGCCAGGUACCUAUCUGCAAUGAGUGCACACUGGGCGAGCACAAACCCCCCGAUCACGAGUGCGAGCGAGCAUCUGAGGCGGGCACCAAACAGAGGGAAGAGCUGACGACGUUGCUAACGGAAAGCAAGAACCACCUGCAGUCUUUCGAAGAGUCUCUCGAAUUACUGCAAAAUGGUCUUACAGACCUCCAGCAGCAGCGGGACACAGCCAAGACAAUAAUACAGGAGACCUUCGAGAAGUAUAAGUCUUUCUUAGAACGACGCCAGGAACAGCUCCUCGAAGAACUGGAGAGCUUGCACUCCGAGGAAGAGCUACACAUAAUGGACUCGCUGCACCUAGCAGAGAAGACUACAGAGCACAUUGAAGAGGCCUGCAACUUUGGGAAACGUCUGUUGGAACACGCAAAUGAUGUUGAGCUCCUGUCUCUCAAACAGGUGGUGAGCGCGCGCCUGAGGAGCCUUAUCGCAGACACCCCGAAGCUGGAAGCGCCGGGUGAAAUGGCAUUCGAGUUUGACAUUGAGCGUUUCGAGAAAGCGCUGCCUUCUCUGUGUGGCCAGCUGCGACGGCCUCGCACCGCAUCCGUACCUUCACCACCACCACCGCCGGCGCAGCAGGCGCCUCUGUCAGCAUCACCAACUCCUUCCUCCUCUCCCGUUGGUUGUCUCGGAGGCAACACUUCUUCCUCGCCCAUCCAUUCUGCCUCCUCGUCCAUCGGAGGAGGCAACGUGUCUCCACUGCAUUCCGCAGCAUCGUCGCUCGUGGGCGGUGUCAGUAGUGCACCCAUGGUUGUCGGAUGUGCCAGCAUGUCCCCCAUCCACGCCAGUGCGUCUCUGGGCGCAGCGGGCGGGGACAGUUUGUCGCCACCUCUUCACCACUCGGGAGCGCCGUCGUUGGAAGAUGCAGCAGCAGCCGGAGACCCAUUUGCUGCACUUUCUGCCGCAGCGCCUCUGGAGGUUGGUCUGCUGACAAGUGCAGCGGCACAGUACAACCUAGCACGCCUGGCAAACAUGGCUGAGAGCCCCGACGACACGGAGUCAUCUGAUGGUACCGUCACAAUGGCAGACCUGCUGCUGGACCCCUCACUGGGUGUGUCGGCAGCGGAACAGAAUGUGCUGAACAAUCUGACUGCCCUUGCCAAGCUUGGCUCGGUGUCGCUCAACAAUGCAGGUCAAAUCAUGUUGAAUGGCCAAGUGGUGCCAGGUCUCACUCUGGAGCCAAAUCCACAGACGUCUCCUCCUCCCCCUCUGCUCUCCUCUGGGCGGCCAAGCAGCAGCAGCAGUGGCAGCCUCGUUGGCUCCCAUCAGCAGCUGCUGGACUCUCUACUCAAUGGCUCGGCACUCUCCCCACGCACCUCUUCCCGAGGAUCGCCCAUGCUUGACAGCCUGGUCAAUGGCAGCUCCAUAUUGGGACCAAGGGUGCCCAUCCUGGCAGCUGGCAGCGGUCUCGUGUCACCAUCACUACCAGUGCAAUCUGGGUAUGUGCCUCCUCCACGCAGUGCCAGCACGAAGUUGAACACGAUGCAGAUAAGGUGCAAAUUUGGCCAAUUGGGCCCGAGCAAGGGCCAGUUCAGCUCGCCACACGGCUUCUGCUUGGGCCUCGAAGAAGAGAUUAUAGUGGCAGACACCAACAAUCAUCGUAUCCAAGUGUUUGACAAGUCUGGAGAGUUUAAGUACACCUUUGGAGUGGCCGGAAAGGAGGAAGGACAGCUGUGGUAUCCACGAAAGGUGGCUGUUAUCAAGAGCAGUGGAAAGUACGUCAUUUGCGAUCGAGGGAACGAGCGGUCACGUAUGCAGAUCUUCACCAAGGGUGGCCACUUUAUCAAGAAGAUUGCAAUCCGCUACAUCGACAUUGUAGCUGGCCUGGCCAUCACUGCAGAGAAUAAGAUAGUCGCUGUGGACAGUGUGUCGCCAACUGUAUUCGUCAUUUCAGAGGCAGGCGAGCUUCUGCUGUGGUUCGACUGCAGCGAGUACAUGAGAGAGCCCUCGGACAUAGCCAUCAGUGGCCGGGAGUACUACAUCUGCGAUUUCAAGGGCCACUGUGUCAUAGUGUUCAAUGACGAAGGUCACUUCAUCCGCAAGAUUGGAUGUGACGGGAUGACCAACUUCCCCAACGGGAUCGACAUCAGCGACGCAGGCGACGUGCUCGUGGGGGACAGCCAUGGCAAUCGUUUUCAUGUUGUGGUCUUCUCGCGCGACGGCUUGCUCCUGUCCGAGUUUGAGUGCCCCUACGUGAAAGUGAGCCGCUGCUGUGGCCUCAAGAUCACCUCGGAGGGCUAUGUGGUCACACUGGCAAAGAACAACCACCAUGUGCUUGUGCUCAACACUCUUUACAUUGUCUGAAAGGGGUUGGCGAAUGGGAUAUCGUUGGCACCUGCUGCCACCGUUGGUCGUGCGCACCACUGUCUCUGCCCUACCUCCGAAGCGGUGCAUUUUUGUCUGGCUGCAUCCCCCCCCCUUUUUUUUUCCUUUUUAAUAUUUUUUUUCUCCCCCAGUUAGUACCUCUGGGCAGCCUCCCAUGUGCUCCCUGACUUUCGCUGCGCGCCUGCCCCCUCCUCCCGACCUCCUCCGGCAUCCUUUUGAUGCAUGCGUGUCGGCUGUGUUUGGCCGCACCAGGGAGGAGGCCUGCUCCUCGUAGCGUGGCUCUCUGCCUUCGGUUGAUCAUUCGUCGUUUGCCACACAUGCGUUAUUGUCCUUCAUUUCAUUAGGUGCCUUAUACUGUGUUUUUGUUUUUGUUUUUUGCUUGUUACCUUCACUGCCUCUUUCCUUUUUUGCCAUUUUGCAUAGAACACACCUGCCUGUAUUUUGCUCGGCUGCUUCUCGCUUUUUUUCAUUUCUCUACAUUUCGUUUUUUUUUUUUCCUCGCGAAUUGCGAAGCAGCAGCUCCUUUGGAACUAUUACUGGGCAUUGUUACUCUUUCUAGAAGGACUCGACACGAGUGCUGUUUUCAAGGCACACCAGCACAGCUGGUUCACCCUAAUUCCCCCACUUCAUUAAUCAUUAAUGAAAUGUUUUAUUUUUAAAGGUUAGUCUGUACUCCCCAACAUUUCCUCAUGGGUUGGCAACUGCUCUGCACUGUAUCGGUCAUUCCACGUCAUCGUCUUUUUUUUUUUAAACUUUACUACCGUUUUCUUCAGUUGCACUCCCGUCUCUCGCCUGCCUCCUCUGUGUGUUAACAGUUAUAGCUAGGCUCCCAAAGACACACAAAGUAAUAACCUCCUGGUGUUUACACAACUUAGCUUUCCUUUCCUCCUACCCUCUCAUUUACGAAGAGAGAGCGAGUGUUCGAACGGUGUCGCGUUGCAGUGCAGCGUUCCUCACUCCUGCUUUCGGUUUCCCAGCUACCUACUGUUUUCGCACACGAGCUUGAGAAGACACACAAAUUGCUAACUGUGAUAUUCUUAAAAUGUUUUUUGCUGUGUAAUUAGUGUUGUUAACACUUCACUUCUUUCUUUCUUUUUUUUUUUUUCAGCUCGUCAAAACAGUUUUCUUACCUGGCCUGUAAUCUCAUCUUUAAGGUUCAGUCGUCUUUUUUCCAUUUUUUACUCUGAAGUAUUCUGGCCAGUUGUUCUUUGCAAGUGUAAGUGAGCAUUACAGUCUUGUAAGCUAUUCCAGUACAAACGUUUGUUUCUUUUUUCUUCAGUGAUUUUUUUUCUCUAUAUUUUUCAGUGCGCGUCGCCGUGUUGAGGCGCGACAUUCCCUGCCUUAGCUAGGAGCUUGUUUUGUGCUCCUGUUAGUAUUCUGGGUAGCCGUCUACUUAGCGUUUGAAAAAUGGGCGAAACGAAAGCAUGUUUAUUAACAUGGCUGUUCUCUCACCAUUAUAGCAGCUAUGUGCGAGUCUGCAAGCACAGACGGAGCAGUUUAGAAGCCUCGUGUGCUCACCAUUCGCGUGUGUUGCAUUUUUGCUAUAUUUGCAGUGGUGGUUUUACACGAGCCUGAUCACGAGCAUCCAGCUUUACUGCUGCUGACGUGACCCCCACCCCCGUUUUUAAAAAUAUUUUUCUUCUAAAGGUAAAGAAAUUAACCUGUAUAGGAACAUUUUUUACUUUUUUCUAUUUAGUCUUGCGGUUAACAGCCAUUUUCCUUCAAUGACACGAGCCCCCUCAUAAUUUCUCUUAACAUUUUAAAGCAGAAAACAUUGGAUACAGAUUAGGCCUUCUUUCCACUCCUGCUAGGUAUUCUCAGGUUUAGCGUCAACUAUUUGAAGACACCAACGGUCUAGAAGGAUCAUAUAAAUAUAUAUAUAUAUAUAGUAUAUAUGUAUACACACAACAUAUAUAUACCCUCGUGCCUAGUCCUUUUUACUAUGAUUUAGUGGUUUUUUAUACAUAUAUAUAUAUAUAGUAUAUACAUACAUAGCGAACGUGCCAUGUGGGUUCACUCCCAGCUCUAUUCUGAAGCAAAAGAAAAACAAAAAAAAAACAGUAUGUGUUGCACUAUGUACCAUUACUCGCAGGUAUAUCACAAAAGAGUGUUAACGGCUGAAACGGUGUUUACACACAAGCAGCAGCAGCAGCAGCAGCCGCCACCACUGCAACAGCAUUGCCAUUGUCGUCCGAGGAGAUUUGUCACACAAUCUUUCCACUCUUUAACUUUUUCUUCAUCUCCUCUCAGUGUGAGCACUCAUAUACCUGUACUGACUACUACUACUACUUCUACGUCCUCCCACGUUUCCCCUCCACACCCUUGAGAGCCAAACGAAAAAGAAAAAAAAAAGGAAAACGGAUGCUCAAGCGGCUCUUGUGUCUUCUCACGCCCAGUCCCUUCCUCCUCCUACAGUCGUCUCUCACCCCACUGGCUUUCUCGCUUUCGCUGCGGACACCAAUACCGCGUCUUGUCGCUGUUUUCGCGUUUCGAGCCUUUGUUGUGUGCGUCGCCGUCAUUGCUUUUUCUCUCUCAUUCUCGUUGGUUGUUUGAUUUUAGAACUGCAUGUGGGGCAGGUGAUUGUACGACGAGUGUCACAGCUCGCUCGGUGUGGUCCUGAUUUGCGGUUCCUCGCGUACGGUAGCACGUUGUAUAAGAGUCUCGCUGCUUCUGCUUUGCGCUGGUGGAGUAAUGUGGAGGAAGAGGGUGCAUUGCGCGAUUGCGUCGUCUUCGGAGGUGGGACACUGUCUAGUGGGCUGUGGUAUGCACUGCGUCUCGCAGUGCAGAGAGCAAAGGGAGGGGAAAUACUUGCAGCCAAAAGUUCCUGUAUAAUUUUUUUUUUUUUCGUCCAUGGGACGAGCUUGUUGUGCUUUAUAUAUAUAUAUUUUUUUUCAUGAGGGCACUUGUGGUCUCUCAUGUGCUGCAUUAUUUGGGGCUUGACUUGUGUGUGUGUUUGCGGAGGUUUUCCUCUUUUUUUGUGUGUGUGCACGUGUGUGCACCGUUUGUGCAACAUUAACGAAGUGCGGUGGCUGCAUUUGGCACCACCUUUCUCUGUUGUUGGCACCAAUGCGUUUGGUUUUUCCUUCGCCUUAAAAAAGAGAUCAUAUUAAUGAGCCGUAGUCACAGAGGUUUUGUUGUCGAGCCAGCUGACUUUCGCUGCUCACUUUUCAUUCCUAGAUGUGCACUUUCAUUCAUUUUCAACUGCUUUCGCGACCCCUUUCCCCGCCAAUCCCUUGUUUGUUUCUUUUCUUUUUUUUUCUCUCCUUUUUGUCGUCGCAUUGUGCAGUUAUUCCAGCCCCAUUUGCUUGGCACAGUUAAAUACUGCACACACUUUUGCCUGGUGUGUACACAUUUUCUACGCAUACCUCAAUUUUACAUCAUCUUAAUUUUGAUAUCGUGCAGCUACGCAGCACGCGCCCCAAACUGUGGAAGCGCAGUUCCCUUUGUUAUACAUUUUUCUUUCCUGCUUUUUGUUCUUCCCGCAUGCAGCCGUUCAUUGCAAACGAGACGGUGUAGAUUUCUCCCGAUCCCUCGUGUCUUGUGAUUUUACAAUUAGCUCGUCUUCGUGUGUUGUUUCAUUUGGCUUGUGUAGCGUGCUGCCUGCAGUAAUCUUUUUGCCUUUAUUUGUCGAGUGUACGUUCUGAGAAGAAAAGACAAUUUACCUUUAGAGCUUUUUUUUCCUCUCAGUUUUUCAUUGCCAUUUUCUUCUUCAUUCACAGUGCAUUUGCAUCUCUAGCGUGCCUGAUGUUACGUACACACGUAUAUAUAUAUAUACACAUAUAUAUGUAUACACACACACAUAUACUUACCAUGUUAUUAUUAAUGGUGAUGGAGAGUUUGCUGCCACGUGUUCUACUCCCGUGUGGCGCUUAACGUGCUGCGCUGCGUUGUCGCUUUGCGCUCUUGCAAAGUUUUGCGUGCGUGUGUUGCCAGCAAUAUUAUGAAGGGAUGGGUACGGGCAGCAAGCAGCAUCAGCAGCCAAGUGUGAGCGCUUUUCGCCAACAUUCCACGGCAGCCACUUUUUAGGCGCUCUAUAUAUUUUUCUUUAAAGAAACUGUUGAGAGAGGAAAUUGCCUUCUUUUACUGGAUCUUAUACAACCUCGUCCUUUUUGAAUAACUUCCCAUUCUUCCCUUCAUGUUUGUUUUGAGGAGUCUUGCCACUAGCGGCGUGCUGCUCGAUGCAGAUAGGUAGGGGGGGGGGGGAAAUCAGCUUGUUCGUUGCCUUUGAUUGAGAGACAGUACAAUGCAUCUUUCCCAGUAACAUGUGGCGGCAAAACCCAUAUUACACGGUGUUCAUUUUUAUAAAAUAACUUUUUUUUUUCUCCUCCCUUCUUUUUAAAGAGCCCUUGCCUUUUUCUCUCGUUCUGUGCCUUUCUUGUUUUCCUUUGCAAAUUUUUGCAAGGCAUCCAUGUGUGCAUACAUUUAAAUGCAUCUAGUCAGAAUCUUGAGCACUUGUGUGCUUUUUUUUUUUCUUUUUUUUCCCCCUGUGUGAGCUUAUUAGAAAGGUGUUGACAGUUUGAAAGAAGUGUACCCUGCUUUCCUUUUGGAAGCUGAUCCUCUGGCUUUGCUGGUUUAUUAUCAUUACUUCCACAUUUUUUCCCCCUUGUUUGCUCUUUUAUGUGAUGUUACUUUUAUUUGAGGUAUUUUACGCCUAUUAAAAAAAAGUUUGGCAGUGUCUGCAUGUGAACCUCGCUCUGGAAAGUGCUUUUCCAGUGCUUUUGCAAUUAGUGUCUUACCUUGUAGGGCGCACCGACUGUUUUGUUAAGUGCUUGGCAUUUCCUUGGGCAUUUCUUGCCAGCUUGCAACAAGUGCCCCCAAAAGUUGGAGCAUGUCAUGCGUGCUUGAAGCAAAAAAUGUCUACGUAAUGCUUUGGAAGUAUCCGAUCGGUAACAAAGAAAGAAGGAAAAGUAUCUUGGCAGGUAUCAACUUGGAGGAACAAAGUGAAGCAUAAUAGAACUUCUCACAUUUACAAGAAUUUCUUCUCUCUUCUUGUCUGUGUGGUUUUUUUUUUUUUUCAUAAGCUUGAGAGUUGUUGUAAGGCUUUGUUUUUUUGCAAUGGUGUCUUGUGUGUAUGUGUUGUGAUACGUUUUUUUUUUUAAUCCGCUUGUUUUACAAAUCGCUGUGACAAGACUGUGACACUCAUUUUGUAUUUCUCAGUUGUCGGGGAUGAGACAUUUUUCCCCAACUGACAAGCCUUUAUUUGCACGUAGUCUGCCAAUAUUAUUAUUGUACAACAUGAAUAUUAUACUAUUGUAUAUUAUACAUUACCCAAUGGGGAUUGUUUUCUGGGGAAAGGGCAGUAUUUUUUGCAAUGUUUUUUUUUUUUUUUUUUGCAGGGUCCUUAAUAUUCUGUCUUUAUUUUUGUGUCUUUCAGCGAAGAGAGUCAUUUGUGGAGUAGAUAGAACGUGCCGCUCAUCUACUUGAUAGGGUUGAUGAAACAAGGCCUUUUUUUAUUUCUUGUCGAUACUUUUACAAGCCAUACAAAAUUUGUUUUAGUGUCUCUUUUUUUUGUCGCAUAAUCUUUGUUGGCAAGUAGCUUAGGGUACAUUGCACUGCUUCACAACAUUUACUGUUCUUAACCUUCGCAAGGUCAUGUCGUACUGUCUUGCACCAUAUCUGCUAGUGCCUUUCUGUUGAUAUUGAGCAAAGACUAGCUCGUGCAGCUUAUCAUUUUCCUCACUUGCUGUUCACUGCGAUUGCCACGACUCAUCAACUAUGCACACCAUCGCUCUUCUAUUGGCAGCGUAUAUCCGUUAUCUCCCCAAUCACCUUGCCGUAACAUUGGAAAGGGAAAAAAAAAUGAGCAGUCCGUAGAAAAGUCUGUAUGAAUUCCAUCUCUCCUUGCACAUUUUUUCUUCAGUCCACACAUUACCCACUCUUCAUGAGAUAUAUGUAUACAUUUUUUGUCUUUUGUGACACUUGUUUACUGCUUAGGCUGUUUCCGCAGCUUGUACUACCAGACUAGUCCAUUUAUAUUGAGACAGCAUGAAGUGAAGCUUACACAAACUUAGACUGCAUGAGUGAGAUUUAGGGAUAAGAGAGAGAACCGGUAACCACUGUGCUGACCCCUCCCCCCUUCCCCCUAAUUCCUCUUGUUUUUGUUUUGAUUUUUUACUGCCUUUUACCUCAGUAGCUCCACACAUGCACUACACCCCUUGUCUGUCAUUGGGUCCUCCUUGUAUAGCAGAAAUCAGACGUGUCAGGUGUGUCAAGAGUUAACCACACAGUGAACAAGAGGCCAUGUGUGUGUAUGUGUGUGUGUGUGUGUGUGUAGGAAGAGAGCCUAUUUUUUGUGUUUUUCUUUUUCCACUCUUAAUCUAUGCAAAGAUGUUAUUUUGCCUGUGGCACACGCUUGCAACACUGUUUGGCCGCUGCGGUUUUGCUGGAAGAGCUCAGUCAGUAUUCCAGGGGCCCAGUCUUGCUCGCUGCUGUUGUGGCAUCCUUUCCCUCCCUGCCCGUUUCUUUUUUCCCGGCGCCCUCCUUCUGCAGCGGGGCAUCGCCCGCUUUCUAAAGGACAAGCGCCCACCCCCUUUUGACACUCAAAUAAUCCUAGAGCAAUAAAGAGGCGUGCUAGAUGCUACAUAGCGAGGCCCCCUUCCCCGGGAGCAGUCACUUUUUCAGGCCAUAAAAACCACUUUGAUUUGCGCCACCCGCACAGUUGCCGCCACUGCCGUGACCGGGUUUUCCCCACUCUGCUUCCCAUUUCUCUGGUUCUUGCAAUCAGGGACGCUUGUUGUCCUGGCAUUUGCAAUGGGAGAGGCGAGUCUCACGUAGAUGGCAUGCAGCAUUGAAGACAAAAGCCACCUGGGCAUUGUAGCGGCUGUCUCGUUUGGCCACACUGCAAAAAAGCAUUAUGCCGAAGUCAGUGUAUCGGUUGUUGCUGCCAUGAUUCUAGGGUACUCUUUGUUACGCAUGUGCCGUCAACUUGUUUACUACUUGUAUGUGAAAGUAGCAGUUGUCGGAGCUGCCAUCAGUCGCGCAGUUUGUCUGGGAUGUUUGAGGUUUUACACAGUGAAGUUCGGCACACGACUCUUACUGUGCAGAGCGUUAGGCAUGCCUAGCAAGCUCUAAGGCAGCUCGUAGCGCUACCAGGAAACUAAUGUACCCGAGAAUCGUGGCCACAAGCUGAGCAUGACGUGAAGUAAAUGCUCAUUUUGGCAUGAAGUUUUACAGUGUGGUAGUGAUUGCACAGGGUGUGGCAAUGUUGACACCGUCAAAGGUGUGCCAGUUGGCAGGCAAGCUAAAGCGUCUGAUGAGCUGCUAAUGCUAUGGGGCAAAUGUCUUUAGCAGCAUGCCACAGUGCAGCAGUGCGCGCAGAUAUUAGGGGAGGGGGGGAGGGGUGACUUCGCAUUGCUAGCGUUUUCCAGUGCUUCCGGGUGUUAAACAAAUAUAUAUAUAUAUAUACAUACUAUAUAUACACACUUUUUUUUUCUCUCAUUCCUUGAAUUCACUCAUCCCCUACUGCAGCACUUCAAGGCGGAGGAGAUUCCUUAUUGCUUUGUCUCUCACUCUCUCAUUGUAAAAGCCAAAAGUAGACCAAAUUCCUUGGGCCAUCCUUGUUGCAAGUGAUGUCAUGUGGUAGUUUCUCUGAAGUGUUGCGAAAAAAUGACGAAGAAAAAGCGUGAAAAAAAAGUUAUUUUUCUCCCUCUUUUCAAUCCCCCCGAUGUUUCCGUGGUUUACACUUUUGAGACGUUUAAUGUUUAUGUAUUUUACACGAGCACUGAUAUAUUUUUGGUGCUGUUUUACAAUGGCAAGAAUUUAAAGUGGUAAAAAUAACAAAAAAAAAAUAAAUAGAUGUGCAGUUCACCCAAGCUUGCGUACUGCAAGUAUGUUACCAUGCUGAGCAGGAGAGAAUAGGAGGUGAUGAUAAAAAAAGUCGGAGCAGCCAUUUUUUUGCCAUCCAAGCUGGAUCUUGUUGAGAUUUUCGCGCUGGCUUUGUGCCUACAUGGCUGUUCAUUACAUAAGUGGAGGUGAUGGAGAAGAAAAAAGCAAGUUGAAGUAUAUAUACAUAUAUAUGUUGGUACAAAGCAGUUUUUUCUCGUCUCGUGUGCAUGGCUCUCGUGAGCGUUCAAGACACUAUUGUCUGGGCAUUUGCUGAACCAUGCGUCCGAGAUGCUCGGUUAUAUUGCAUUUACUUGUACUAUUUUUGGAAAGCAGUUAAAUGGAAAUGAUUUGUAACAAUGUUUCAUGUUAAUUCCAAUAAAGGCAGUUGCAACCGUUU